AUGAACUAUGUCUACGACCCGGCUGACGUCCAGUACAUCGUUCGUAUCCACAACACCAACAUUGACGGGACAAAGAGAAUUGCUUUUGCUCUUACAAAGAUCAGAGGUGUGGGAAUAAGAAUCUCGACAGCCAUAUGCAAGCGCCUUGGGAUUGAUUUGAAGAGGCGUGCCGGAGAAAUGUCUGAGGAGGAGAUGAAGAGGAUUUCAGAUGCAAUUCUCGACCCUGCAAGCCUAGGAAUUCCGGAAUCUUAUCUAAACCAUCAGAAGGAUCCUGUUGACGGGACAACAUCCCAUCUCAUAGGUACAAAACUCGAUGCAGAUCUAAGAAUGAUGAUUGAAAGAGGAAAGAAGAACAAGCGCAUCAGAGCAUGCAGACUCGAUGUUGGCCUCAAGGUCCGUGGACAAAGGACCAAGUCAAAUGGAAGACGUGGGAAGUCCAUGGGUGUUUCAAGAAAGAAAUAA